AUGGCCGAUAAGGGAGAAAGUAACAAGGUCGUUGACGAGACUCCCAUCUCGCCUAGCCGGCCUAACACCGAGCGGAAGAACUCGUUGGAGUUUCACUUGAGUCAUCGGCCAGAUCGCCAGGAGCUUGUCAACAAGAACAUUCUCCCUGCAUCGACUGCUGCGCCCGGCCUCCAAGCACACCAGAAAGAGCUUGAGAAACACAUGCGAGCCGAUUCAUUGAACGAAAAGAUUGCCCAUCGGCCGUCCCCGGAAGCCUUGAUCAAGGAGGGCGUUCUGCACGAGGACCCGCGGUCAGCAGAUGACAAGUACAAGGAGGCGAUUGAGGAGGAAUAUGCCAAACGCGAGGGUGGGGCGUGA